CAGUUCAUCUGAUUUUAUGUAAUGCCAUUUAACUCCUGCCCAAAGAGAAUCAUGUUUUUAGAACAAUCAAUACCUCCAGGCAGGGGCGGACUGACAACUCAUGGGGCCCCCGGGCAAUAGGGGAUCAUGGGGCCCCUGUGUCCUUGGCCAAACUCAAAAAAGCCUAGGAAAAAGGGUAUCUCAUGGGGCCCCCUACUGACCCCGGGCCCUCGGGCAGUGCCCGAGUUUCCAAAUGGUUAGUCCGCCCCUGCCUCCAGGUA